AUGCAAGCUUACUUUCUCCCGAGGCUGUUUGCUAAACCUGGUAGGACUCUUAUCCCUCCUGGAGAACCACAAACCGUGUCGGGUUUAGUCAACAAUGCGAAUGUAUCAUCCCUAUUAUUGGCAUACGAAAUACUCGAACUCUUGCUCGAUGAGCCUCCAACACUAUCAGCAUUGAGGGAAGCAACGCUGAUCGCUCUUACUACACUUUCACUUCUAGCGCAAGACAUCCGGAUGUCUCUUACAGAGUUGGACGCGGGAGACGCUCCUUUGCAUCCAGUUCUAGUCAACGCGUCGCUAUCGGAGCCAAUUCAACCAAUUAUCUUUGCACCAUGCCAUCCACUGAAUGGCUUGUAG